GGAACUUAGAUGGAUUCAGAAAUUAAAGGAGUUGCUGCUUCUCUUGUGAGUCAAGCCCUUCCAUUUCCUGGAAAAAAGAAGCCACAACAACAGGGAUGGACUUCCAAAUCACAGGCAAUCCAGAAUUCUUGCUUACCCGUGGUCCCACGACUCGAUUUGAGAAGCCUUGUUGACUCUGAUGAUGAGGAGCAAGAUAUAAUAUCUGGAAAUUUGCCACCUCCAACAGACAAAUAUAAACCAAAAUAUCAGCAAUAUGAAGGUGAAAUAAAAGAGGGAUCUAAGCAGUAUAGUCAGAAGAAUGCAGAAAAAAUAAAGUCAAGUAUUACACAUCAGCAGUCUCUAAGACACAAGAUAGAAGACAAGUGUACACAGUAUGAAGAAGACCUUGUGGAUGACCUCACAAGUCUUGAUAGGAAAGUCCUCUUACAGUUGGGAUUUGCAGAUAACCCUUGCAAUUUGCAACAUAGUACAAGAAAAUCUCAUGCUGAAAUUGUGGCUGCAGAAAAGAAGCAGCAAGCUGUUGCUGAGCAAGUGAUGCUGGACCUCUUAUCCAGGGCUGUAAUCAGUGAUCCAGAGCAAAAUGUAAUCUCUGAGAAACAAGAAAAUACCUGUGUCCUUCCAGAUUCAAAGGUAGCACCUCUUCGAUUUAGAAAAAGAACACUACAUGAAACAAAGAUAAAAACCCGUUCUACAUUAACUGAAAAAAUGCUUUCUCAUAAAGUGCAGUUUGAGGGCAGAAUCAUAUCAAGAAAUGGACACGAUGCUUGCAGAGAGCUGGUUGGGUUCUUUUUCACUCAUGAUCAGUCUCUUACAAUUUAUGAAUAUCGGCGAUUUGGGAAAAAUAGAACAAAUGUGCUUCCUUUUAUUCACAAGGACAUUUAUAGUCAUCAGUGUGGACGAAGGAAAGGAAAACAGUAUCAACUUGGUGAUUUUUAUAUUGGUGCAAACUUAUCAUUUUUGAGUUCUGAUCAUCCCAGACUUCCAGAAAGCUUAAAAGAAAACACAUUACUUGUACUUCGAAUCACAAAUAUUGAUCAGGCAGGUUUGAGUUCCAUCAAAAUUGAUUCUUUGGAACAUGAGGAUGCUGUAACUAGUGAAGAAGACAAUGAUAGACUGCUCUUACAGGCUGUUCAAAAUAUGCUAAAAAAACAGCUACAUAAAAGAGGUGUUCGUAUUUUGCAUGGAUUGGGAAAAUAUCUUCAACAAUUGGACAAAGAAGGAAAUGGACUUUUAGAUAAGGAAGAUUUUAAGCAAGGACUCAAAAAAUUUUCCUUGAAAGUAUCUGAAAAGGAUUUUGAGUCUUUAUGGCUAAUCCUUAAGAAUGACAGUGGUAAGGUAGAUUAUGGAGAAUUCAGACGUGCAUUCAUUGGUGAAAUGAAUGAAUACAGGAAAUCAUUUGUUCGAAAGGCUUUUAUGAAAUUGGAUUUCAACAAAACUGGCAGUGUGCCUCUUAUAGACAUAAGAAAAUGUUACUGUGCAAAGAAGCAUCCUCAAGUCAUUUCAGGCCAGUCCACAGAAGAAGAAAUCAAAUCAUCCUUUCUAGAAACAUUAAAAGAUGCCUGCAGCAAGUCUGAUGAAGUUUUAUAUGGUGAAUUUGAAGAUUAUUAUGAAGGUCUAAGUAUAGGGAUAGUAGAUGAUGAAGAUUUUGUUAAUAUCUUACGUGCUCCCUGGGGGAUUUAG